AUGUCCAACAAGGCUUUGAAACUCACCGGAUCGAGCGGCCAGAUCAUCUCGUUGCCCACGGGUCUGUUCAUCGACAACGAAUUUUUUCCCUCUGUCCACGGCAACACGAUCGAUGUCAGCAAUGCCGCCACCAGAAAUGUUAUCGGUACCAUCAGUUGUGCGACAGCCCAAGACGUCGAUGUCGCCGUGAAAUCGUCCCAGAAAGCAUAUCAAGAGACUUGGAGACACGUCUCGGCAGCAACGAGGAGACAACUCUUGAACAAGCUCGCCGACUUGAUCGAACGGGACGGAGACAGCUUCGCCGUGAUCGAGGGUAACGAUGUCGGAGCUUUGACCAGUACGACUACGGGCCUGUUGGUACCGAUGUCCGUUGAAUGGCUUCGAUACUAUGCGGGUUGGGCAGACAAGGUGGAGGGUCGGAGUGCCAAGUGGGACAAUGCUGGAGCGCCCUCUGGACUUGCGUACACGCAGCGCGAGCCUUAUGGCGUGACUGCCGCCAUCGUUCCUUGGAACACGCCUUUGAUGCUGACGUGCUGGAAGAUUGGCCCUUGCAUUGCUGCUGGAAACACGGUGGUGAUCAAGCCUCCAGAGCUGGCUCCUUUGUCCGCCUUGAAGCUGGCUGAGUUGAUCAAGGAAGCUGGAUUCCCACCAGGCGUCAUCAACAUCAUUCCAGGCUUGGGUCACACGGCAGGAUCCGCACUCGCCCAUCAUCAGGACGUCCGCAAGAUUGCAUUCACAGGAUCUACAGUCACAGGACGGUUGGUCUUAGAAGCAUCCGCGAAGAGCAACCUGAAGAAAGUGUCGCUGGAGCUGGGUGGCAAAUCCCCCUCCAUCAUCUUCGACGAUGCGGACUUUGACGAUGCCGUCACCUGGGCUGCAGCCGGCAUUACAGCAGGCGAGGGCCAGAUCUGCGCGGCGGGCUCACGCAUCUACGUUCAAGAUACUAUCUACAAGAAAUUUUUGCAGGCCUUCUCCGACAAGUGCAAGGCAGCGAUUCUCGGCGAUCCUCUGGCGGCGAACACGACCAAAGGACCUUUGAUCAGCGAUGGGCAACGGGAGAAGGUCCUGGGCUUCAUCGAUCGGGCCAAGAAGAACGGGACCCCGUUGUUAUAUGGAGGUGAUCGGUUGGGCAGCAGCAAUGGCGUGCAAAAUACUGCAUUCUUCGAUGUGCCAGAUGAUGCGGAGAUCGUUCAAGAAGAAAUCUUCGGUCCAGUCGCGGCCAUUACAAAAUUCAGUACAGAGCAAGAAGUCAUCCAAAAAUCCAGCAAUUCCAACUACGGGUUGUCCGCCUCCGUCUUUACCCGUGAUCUGGCUCGCGCACACAGAGUAGCCGAUCAGCUCGAAAGCGGCCAGGUGACCAUCAAUGCGUGGGCCAUGCUGGCUGCCAACAUGCCUUUUGGCGGUAAGUCUCGAGCGUUACCUCCGCAACGUGACGCGGCGCUAAUGGAUUCCAGGAUUCAAGCAGAGUGGUUUUGGCAGGGACGGCGGUCCUGA